AUGGUGUCGGUGACGAGCAAUCCUGCCGCCACGGCUGCCGCUGCCGAUAGCGCGAAUGCCAGCACGCGAAGUUCUCCGGCCAUCGGAACGCCGGCGACGCAGCCAUCGGCACGGCCUAAGCGCAAGGUCAACACGAACGGCUAUCACCCCGCGAACACGCAGGUUCCCCUGAGCGCCAUGGCCAGCACAGCCCUCGACCUGACCUCGGUCGAGCGCCGCGGCCAGCCCACGGCGAUGCGCGAGCCGCUGAAGAAGACCAGACCCCACGGCAUAUCCGAAGCCCCGACGUACCAUCCGAAUGAAGAUGACUGGCGGGAUCCGCUAGAGUACAUAAAGAAAAUCGCCCCCGAAGCUUCUAAAUACGGCAUCUGCAAGAUCGUUCCUCCUGAUUCCUGGAACCCGGAUUUCGCCAUUGACACCGAGAAGUUUCAUUUUCGCACUCGCAAGCAGGAACUGAAUUCGGUAGAAGGAAGCACCCGUGCCAACCUCACCUAUCUCGAUGGCCUCGGCAAGUUCCACAAACAACACGGCAACAACUUGCAUCGGCUUCCGUACGUCGACAAGAAGCCUUUAGACUUGUAUCGCCUGAAAAAGGCCGUCGAGUCACGCGGCGGAUUCGACAAGGUUUGCAAGCUGAAGAAGUGGGCCGAAAUUGGUCGCGACCUUGGCUACAGCGGAAAGAUCAUGUCCUCGCUGUCUACGUCGCUGAAGAACUCGUACCAGCGAUGGCUCUGCCCCUACGAGGAGUACCUGAGGCUUGCCAAACCGGGCGUCCACCACCAGCUCGAGCAGGAGUACGGGGGGCCGCUGACACCAAGUCCCGCACCAACCCCCGUCAAGAGGUCCAACGUCAACACGCCGUCCAGCGCAAAGUGCGAGUCGCCACUCCGCCAGGCUUCCGAUAACGUGCAAGCCAGCGUAAACGGCUUGAAACGGGAGUCGGACCGGGAGACGCCGAUGAUCGAUGCCCCGCCAGUGCCGACCUCCGCCGGUACUACCAGCGGCUUCAGCGCCGUGAACAAUGGCGGCUUCACUGCCGUAAACGCCGCUUCGGCCGCCGUGAAUCGAGCCUCCAACGGAGAGGGGUCCACUUCAACGCCGGACCCGAAGCGAUUCGAAAGCCCGGGCUCGACUGCCAAGAACACGCCCGAGGGCCGAAUCUCCGGCUUGGGCGCCGCCGUCGCGCUCAAGCGACAGCUCAGCUUCGGCAGCUUGUCGGACUCGGCCAAGAAGGAGACCGAUGCCGACCGCUGCGACGGCGACAGUAGUAGCCGUCGCAGCAAGCGGUUGAAGAGAGAUGCCGUCCCCACCGUCGCUGGCUCGCACAUGACACCCUUCCGCCCUUCCGUUCCACGCAUCCCGCGGGACGAAUCGAUCACGGGUGAGGAGAAGUGCGAGAGCUGCGGCAGGGGGGAAGAGGCGGGCACAUUGCUCGUUUGCGAGUCUUGCGAGCACUCGUACCACGGCCCCUGCCUCGACCCGCCGCUGAAGCGCAAGCCCGACGCGGAAUGGAAUUGUCCCCGUUGCCUUGUCGGCGACGGACAAUUCGGAUUCGAGGAGGGUGGGCUGUACUCCCUCAAGCAGUUCCAGCAAAAGGCAAACGACUUCAAGCAAGGCUAUUUCGAGAAGAAGAUGCCUUUUGACAGCACCCUCAACUGCCAUCGCCCCGUGACCGAAGAAGACGUCGAGACCGAGUUCUGGCGCCUCGUCGCGGAUCUGGAGGAAACCGUCGAGGUCGAGUACGGUGCCGAUAUUCAUUGCACCACCCAUGGCUCUGGGUUUCCCACCAUCGAGAGGCACCCUCUCAAUCCUUACGCGACAGACCCGUGGAAUCUCAACACGCUCCCGUUUCAUGCCGAGAGCCUUUUCCGACAUAUCAAGUCCGAUAUUUCUGGCAUGACGGUACCCUGGGUCUAUGUGGGCAUGAUUUUCUCCACCUUUUGCUGGCACAACGAAGACCAUUACGCUUAUUCGGCCAACUACCAACACUUUGGCGCGACGAAAACGUGGUACGGCAUCCCGGGAGAAGACGCCGAAAAGUUUGAGGCGGCCAUGAAGGAGGCUGUGCCGGAGCUCUUCGAGACGCAGCCAGACCUCCUCUUUCAGCUCGUCACGCUGCUCACGCCGGAACAGCUGAAGAAGGCCGACGUGCGUGUUUACGCUCUGGACCAGAGAGCCGGUCAGUUUGUCAUCACGUUUCCCCAAGCUUAUCACGCUGGUUUCAAUCACGGCUUCAACUUCAACGAGGCCGUGAAUUUUGCCCCCUGUGACUGGGAGCCGUUCGGCCUGGCUGGUGUGGAGAGGCUCCAGGUCUUCCGUCGACAACCUUGCUUCUCGCACGACGAGCUGCUCUGCACUGCGGCCGAUGGUGGUCCCGCCUCCGGUCUCACCAUUCAGACGGCGAAGUGGCUGGCCCCUGCGUUGGAUCGGAUACACAAGCGCGAGAUUGCGCAACGUGAGGGGUUCAUCAACCAGCACGUCGAGUCGUCUCCCCAUCGAUGUCCUCUUCAGGGCGUCGAAAACGGCGGCGACUGUCCGCUUUCGUUCAAGAUUGAGGAUGCGGAUGUCCACGAUGAGGAUGAGCAAUGCUGCAGCCAUUGCAAAGCGUUUGCCUACCUGUCACGUUUCAAAUGCGAACGCUCGGGCAAGGUCUUGUGUGUCCUCCACGCAGGGCAGCAUCCAUGCUGCGAUCGAACGGAGCUCCAAAGAUUUCUUGGCGAUGGACACACUCUGUACUUUCGAAAGGCGACCGCUGACAUGACUGCUGCGUACGAGAGGGUUGUCGAGAAAGCCCGGACUCCGGAGCUGUGGGAAGAAAAGUACAGCAACUUGCUUGAGGAAGCAGCGACGCCAUCGCUCAAGACUCUCCGGAACAUGCUGCACGAGGGUGAACGGAUACCGUACAGCCUGCCUUCGCUGCCAGUAUUGAAGCAAUACGUCGACCGGUGUAACGAGUGGGUUGACGAAGCCACAAACUACAUUGUCCGGAAGCAGCAGAAUCGUCGAAAGAAUGAAAGAAUCUGGCAGAGCAGCACGCGGAGGUCGACCGGCAGCUCCGCGCAGGACCAAAAGGAGCGCGAAUCGCGCAACGUGUCCAACAUCUAUCGUCUCCUGGCCGAUGCGGAGCGGCUCGGCUUCGAGUGCCCCGAGAUCGCUCAGCUGCAAGAGCGCGCGGCGGCGAUCAAGGCGUUCCAGGCCAGCGCGUCUCGGGCGCUGGAGAAAACGGCGACGAUUUCCAUGGACACCGUCGACGAGCUCCUGGAGGAAGGGCGCAGCUUCAAUGUGGACAUGCCCGAGAUCGAUCGCUUGUCCAGGGUGCUCGAGCAGAUGCGAUGGAACCAGAAAGCUCGUGCCAGCCGCGGCGCAUUCCUCUCGCUGAAAGAAGCUCAAGCGCUCAUCGAGGAGGGGAAGCGGCUCGAGGUCGCCCCCUACAACGAUCACCUCAAGUACUAUUGCGACCAACUGCAAGCUGGCGAGGCGUGGGAGCGGAAGGCAAGGGAGCUCAUCGAAGCCGAGACGGUUCACUACCCUCAGCUGGAGGCGCUUUCGAGUCAAGUGCAGCUGAAUGCGCUUCCCGUCUCACAGGAGACGCUAGCCAUUGUCGAUCAGAUAUUGCACAAGCAGCGCGAAGCUCAUCGGCAGAUCCUCGACAUCACCGAGCGCUGCCGCGAUCCCGACUACCGCAAGCGACCAAAGUAUUCGGAAGCGGUUGAGAUCUCCAAGAAGCUGGAGGAUCUGAACUCCAAGCCGAACGGGACGCUCGAUCUCGAAAAUGAGAAGAAACGGCACGAGGACUGGAUGCGAAAGGGGAAGAAGCUCUUUGGCAAAUCGAACGCGCCUCUUCACAUACUCAAGAGCCAUCUCGAGUACGUCCUUGAGCGCAAUUCGGACUGCUUCAACGUGGAGCACGAUACGCCGCGACUCCCUGGGGAACCGGUAUCGAGAGAGGCGACGCCUGAGCAAGGCGGGACUCGAUGGGAAGACCCCCGGUCCAGACAGGUAUUCUGCAUCUGCAGAAAAAUCGAGGCUGGAAUGAUGAUCGAGUGCGAGCUUUGCCACGAAUGGUAUCAUUACAAAUGCUUGAAGAUUGCCCGCGGCAAGGUCAAGGAGGACGACAAGUACACGUGCCCCAUCUGCGACUGGCGGAUGAAGAUCCCGCGGGACGCUGCGAGGCCGAAGCUCGAGGAUCUCGUGGCGCUGUCGGACGAGAUGCCCGGGCUGCCGUUUCAACCGGAUGAGGAGGAGAUUCUUACCCGCAUCAUCGACAACUCGCAGACUUUCCGGGAAAGCAUUGCCCGGUACUGCAACCCGCUCCUGUCUACGGAAGCCGAGGCGGAGACGCAGCGGUUUUAUCUACGAAAGCUCGAAGGCGCCGAGGUUCUUCUCUCGUACGAAACCAACUUCUUCCGGCAAGAACUCCAUAAAUGGUGUCCUGUUGCCCCCAACGCGCCACCCAUCCUGGAAGUGUCCCUCAGCACGCGCAAGCCGCGACCGACGAAGCUGCAGAAGAUGCUUGCGGAGUACGGCGUCGAGAACCCCGACGACCUCCCGGAGCAUGCCAAGGGCAAGGCAAACAGCCUGCGUCGCAAGGCGGCCAACGCAGAAGCGGCGGCGGCGGCGGCGGCGGCGGCAGCAGCAGCAGCCACUGCAGCAUCACAUCCGUCCUCCACGGGGCCGAUUUUGCCUCCUUCCGGCACGACGCCGUACGGCAGCCCGGCCUUUUUCACUCGUCCACCACCAUCUGCGACGUCGAGUUCGUCUGCGCCGUCGCACGACCAGCUGGCCAAAUCGGUCUCGCCGUCUGAUGGUGGCACUGGAGAGCGGACGGGCGCCGCUGACGGCGUUCUCCACCCCAGCUUCCUGCCUGUCAUCGUCGACGAUUCCGGCAUGUCUCUGGAGGAUCGGCUGCUGCAAGACCGAGAACCGACGAUCAAUCUGCAUACGGAGGCUGGCAAGAACAGGGCUCUCGAGAUACUGGGCCGAACCGAGUUUGGAAGGAAGAGAGCUCAGCAGAUUUUCGGGUCAGACUGUUGGGAACCGACACGAAGGUCGAUCAGCGGACAAGGUGGGCCAGAAACUCGUGCGGAACCGGACGAGAUGACGAAGCAGGACGAGGGCAAGGUGGAUCAGAUGUUCAAGGAGAUGACAAACCAGGACGACGAAGAGGAACAGAGGAAGAAGGAUGGCGCGACCAACGGCCCCGUUACGGCGGAAUCUCUCGAGAGCGAGAGGAACGGCAUGGACGCGUUGCUGGAUGGGGAGUAG